CACAACCUCGUAAUAAUUGAAGCAGCUUCAAUAUUCAAUCCUCUACAACCAGAAUGGCAGACAGCUACGCCUCACAUUUUGGCAUCAACAACAUCCCCUACGGAGUUGCAAGUUCAUCAAAGCGAACAACUCCACAAUGCGUCACGCGCAUUGGAGACGAAGUCAUUUUCCUUGCAGAGCUCGCUGAACAAGAUACUUUUAAAGCAAUUCCAGCACCGCUAUCCUCCAUCUUCCGCGAAUCCACCUUGAACACCUUCGCCGCAUUAGGCAAAGACAUACAAUCCAAAGUCCGAACUGCAAUUCAAGAGGCCUACGAAAGCAACUCGCAUAAAGAAUACUCAGAACAUAUCAACGACGUGACCCUUCACCUACCCGUCCAUAUCGGCGACUUUACAGAUUACAGCGCAUCCGCAAACCAUGUUCUCAACGCGGGAGAAGCCGUAAUGGGGGUUCGCUCAUACCCACCUGCCUUCAAAAAGUACCCAGUGGGUUACGCAGGCCGAUGUUCCUCAAUCACACUCUCCGGCGCACCAGUCACCAGACCUUUAGGCCAAUUCAUUGAAGACUACACUGUCCCUGAAAAGAAAAUCAUCUUCGGUCCAUCUCGGAGUCUAGACUACGAAAUGGAAGUUGCGGCCGUGAUUGGCAAGCCUGUAGCGCCAGGUAGCAUUCUCAACGCAAAAGAUGCGGAUGGGCACAUCUUCGGACUUGUUUUGCUGAAUGAUUGGAGCGCAAGAGACGUUCAGGGCCUCGAGAUGAAUCCGCUAGGCCCAUUCAAUGGCAAAAACUUCAUGACAUCCAUCACACCCUGGAUCAUAACGCUAGAAGCCUUGAAGCCGUUUGAAGUACCUGCCCCAGAGCGCAUGGAAUCCGUCGCCCCUUUCAUGGACGACCCUAAAAGCGCAAACUAUAACAUUCAACUGGAAGGCCAAAUCAUCCGCAAUGGAGUUCAAACGACAACAUGCAAAGUCGGGUUUGAGACCAUGUAUUGGACGUUCAGGCACAUGCUAGCGCAUCAUACUAUCGGCGGCUGUGGACUUCGGUCGGGAGACUUGAUUGCUAGUGGGACGGUAUCGGGCGAGCAGAAGCAUGAGCAUGGAUGCUUGCUUGAGCUUACAAAAAAUGGCAAGGCUCCAAGUAAGCUAAGCGAUGGAACUGAGCUACGCUUCCUUGACGAUGGAGACGAAGUAAGGUACAUUGGUAUAGUUGGGGAUGGAAGCGCGGGAGUUGGAUUCGGGGCGUGCGUUGGUACUAUAAAGCCUGCUCGACAGAUAUGAGAAUAUACGGAGUGCUGAAUGUAAAUCCUUCGUUUUCGUCAACUCCAGCAAGUAUCAGGCAG